AUGGAGUGUAGUAAAAAAUUAAUUGGAAAUUUUAGUAUUGAAGAAUGGCUUGAAAAAUUAAAUAAUAUUAUGUAUGAUGACAAUUGUGAUGAAGAUACUUUUUUAAAUACAAUAAAAGAUUUUGAAAUUGAAUUAAUAAAAGAAAAAGAAACUUGUAAAGUUCUUUCUGAUAUAUUUUAUAAAAAUUCAAAUUGGCCAUUAAAGUUUUUUUUAGUUCUCAAGACACGUCAACAGUUUAUCAUUGAUAUCUUUAUUUUUAAUGAAUUUGGUUGGGAGGUAUUUGACUAUAUAUGGAAAUCUCCAAUUCCAUUUCAUGAUCGUUUUGAAAUAAUAAAGGAAGUUGGUAUAUUAAAUUUUACUUCUACUUCCGCACCAUUAAAUGAAAAUUUUGAGUUAUUGUGUUAUACUGUUGAGUAUGAUAAAUAUCUUGACUCGAAAAUUGACUGGGCUCUUCAAUAUGGUAUUAAAACAUCACAAACACAAUAA